GUACCCUACCGAAUUUUUCUGUGACAGCUCGCUUACAGAACUCGAAAGUUCUGUGAGUUCUGUGACGGCUCACCACAAUACCCUAUAGUUCUGUGAGUUCUGUGACAGAUCCAGUACCCUACCGAACUUUUCUGUGAGUUCUGUGACAGACCCAUUACCCUACCGAACGUACCCUUACCCUACAGAACCUACCCUUGCAUUUUUUCGUACUCGAGAGAAUCAUAUACGGUGUUGUGUCCAAGCUGGAAAGUUGUUCGAUUGCCCGAGCACAGAGGAUGACUUUGAGGAUCACAUUUGGCCCUGCAUGGAUGAAGACUGGCGGGGCGACUUCGCACAGCUCGCCGCUGCGGAAGGCCACGCCGUCCUCAAUGUGGAACUCCCUGGACACGGGGGGGGUAGCGGGGGCGGCAACUCCGACGGCAGGCGCACCACUGCUGCUGCUGUUGGCGGUCAGAGGGGCGACGAUGUUCGGCGGACUGUCGGUGGCGAGUGUGACGGGGGCGGCACGGAGGAGGGGGAGGGGGGGGGAGGGUUCCCAGGAGCACCGAACGGCGAAGUACCCACCGACGACCACCCGCGAGAAGGAACAGACCGUUCGGAGGAACUUUCUGGUGUGUCGGGGGCAGCGGCGACCACGACGGCACAGAACGGAAGCAGCGGCGGCGGCGGCGGCGGCGGAAAUAUUGUCGGUUCGGCACAAGCGCGACGAGGCGAACAUCCGCGGGCAAGCAGCAGUUGCGCGGCUGGCCGGGAUGACGAAUCUGACGACGAUGGUGUUGUAUCCUCCUGGGGCUUGGGAGGCAUUUUCCUGGCCGCGGAGGCGGUGGGCGCCGUUUGCGAUGCGGUGGGGGCCGGGCCGUACGUGGUGGUGGGGUACUCGAUGGGCGGGAGGGUGGCGCUAGCCUUGGCAGCGAGACGACCGCGGGUGAUGGAGGGAGGGGGGGGGCUGGUGCUGGUGUCGUCGAGCCCAGGGCUGGCAAGGCUGUCGAGGUGGGCCUGCGACCGCGCCCUGGCGUCUCGGAUCGCUGCUCUUGGCCGCCGGCCGGCAGCGUCAAGCGUAGCCGGCGUCAACUUCAGCGAGAGGUAUCAUAAGGCACUUCCGUAUUUCGGCUUGCUAUCGGUUUGUUUAUCCACCCUCCCCCCAUCAUCCAGACCAGCAGAAGAAGAGGCACGGGCGUUCUUGGAUCGCUGGUACGCUGCGCCGCUGUGGGGGGACGUGCGACAGCGACGCCCGUCGGCGUACUCGGCGAUGAUAGACCGUCGCUUGAGCAACCUGGGCUUCGGCCUCGACCCUGGCCACCGCAGCCAUGACGAUAAGCCUGGUGCACCUCGGGAGAUGGUCAACAGCGACAGCCACGGCGGCAAGAAGGCUAUCUUGAACAACAGCAGCACCGGCCUGCGGCAGGAUUCCGGGCUGAGAAACGGGCGUGGGGAAGGAAACAGCAGCGAGGUCAGACUUGGAGCCGGCAGCGGCAGGGGUUUGAGCUCGGAAAGUGACGAUCGUGACUGGAAGAAGGAUCGAGAGGGAAUGUGUUUGGUUCCGACGGGCCGGGACGUUGGCGGCGGCGGCGGUAACGGGAGCAUGACAGCUAGGGAACUCGCACGGAGCUGCCUUGCCCUCAGCGUUGCCCGUCAGGCCAACCUCUGGCCCCUGCUGCGUCAGCUCUCUGACAAGAAGAACACCGACAAGAUGAGGGGAGGGGGGGGUGCCGGCGACACCUCGGUGCUGCCCGUGAUGUACGUGGCCGGAGAGCUGGACCCUCGGUACGGCGGCCGCUGUGGCGCUGUCGGCGGUAGCUGUACUAGCGGUAGUAGUAGUGGCGGCGUUCACGGUGAACCGCAGGUGGGAUCGGCACACGAAGCCAACGGGACCACACCACCGCCGUCGUUCCCCUCGGAGAAAGGGGUGGCGGCUGGCAGCGGCGGGUGUGGAGCGGAUAUCUCGGGCGUGGUUAGGGGCACCAGCGUUAACGAGGUCGGGCGAUUGGCUGGGGCGGGGGCCGGCUGUGCGGCGCUUGCAUCUGCUGCCGUGGUGCCGGGCGCGAGAACCGUGGCCCAAGCCGUGGAGGAGGCGUGUCCAGGAGUGAGCGUCGCCGUUAUCGCCGGCGCCGGGCACGCGGUGCCGACGGAGGCUCCCGCCGCUUUGUUUCGGGAGGUCGCGAAGUUGUCCGCCGUAGCCGCCGCGUCUGGUGGUGGUGGUGGUGGUGGUGGUGGCGGUGGCGCUGCUGCUUCUGCUUCUGCUUCUGCUUCUGCUGCUGCUGCUGCUGCUGACUCUGGGACAGCGGCGGGGGUUGGAGAGGAGGAGAGAGUCGCGAGAAUAACCCGAUUCUCGCUGGAAGAGUUCUCCAUCCCCAUGACGUCCCCGCUCCAGCUCAGCCUCUGCAAGCUGACAGAGCGGCGAGGAGUUCUUGUUCGGCUGGAGGCGUUGCUCCCGCGGUCGGGAGUAGGACGAGAGAAGGAGGAAGGGCGGCGUGUUUGGGGCGUGGGUGAGGUUACACCGCUUCCGGGCUUCCACGAGGAAACCCUUGAAGAGGCAACCGCAAACCUCCGGUCCGUCUUGCCUUCACUAGUCGGCCGGUCGACGUCGAUCGAGCUUGCCGCUCUGGGCGCCACUGACGGCAACGACGGCGAUGGCGAGAGUCGCCUCGACGCCUGGCUGAACGCGGCGGUCGCCGCUGGUGCCGCCGCUCCUUCCGCCACCGCCGACGGCUUGGGCCCGGCGGCAGCUGGUGGUGGAAGUGGUGGCGGGGAUGGUCGCACACCGAAGGAGCUCGGCGCGCCGCCGCCGCCGUCGGCUGCGGCUGCUGCUGCGACGACGGCAGCGGCAGCGGCGGCGGCGGUGACAACGCCACCGGUUGCAUCAUCGGCCACGGUAGCAGCAACAACGAGUACAACCUCAGCAACGGCAACAGCGACCCAUCCCAGGGGGUCCUUCGCGGAACCAGCGACGGCAACGACGACGACACGGUCGUCGUCGUCACGCCUGCUGCCAUCCGUCCGCUGCGGCAUCGAGAUGGCCGUGGUCCAUCUCGCAGCCAGGGCGGCCGGGGUUAGCAUCGGGGCGGCGGUAAGCGCGGCGUCGGGGCUGCCGUGCAGGGGGGCCGUCGAGAUCAACGGCCUGGCGACCCGAGGGGAGGGGGUGGCGACAGGCGGCAGCACGAGGGGUGUCGAUCUGAGCUUGGUGGAGUACAUCGAGGAGCCGCUGCGAGAGCCACGGUCGCUAGGAAAGUUCUGGGAAAGAUCCGGAGGGGUCGUGCCGUAUGCGCUCGACGAGAGCUUGGCGAUGGGGCGGGAGAAGUUCACGGACAAGGAGCUGUUGCAGCUGGAGGGUUGCGCCGCCUUCGUGGUUAAGGUUAGCGUCGUCGGGGGGCUCAGCAGGAGCGCGCGGCUGUGCGGCUUGGCGCGGCACCUGGGAGCGGAGGCCGUGUUGAGCUCGGCGUUCGAGACGGGCGUCGGCCUCGCCCACGCCUCGAUACUCGCUUCGUGCUUCACGACCCCGGGCGUCGCCCAUGGCUUGAGUACGUACAGCAGGCUGCAGGGCGACGUGGCGACGCCGGGUUUUGCAUCCACGGUGUCGGGUGGAAAGGUUGACACCCUGGCGUGCGAGGAUCUGCUAGACCGUGUCGCUAUGCGGUGGGACGGGGCGGGUGUUUGAAGUGUGGGGGCAGGAGCAGGGGUCGUCCUCACAAGCAAGCGAAGAUUUCGUAGAUUGGACCAGUGAUCAAUACUCAAGUUGUCUUGCUAAGCAACCCUAUCUGUUUUGUGGGAUGUGCGACGUAUGAAGGUAGACGGGUGAACACGCGGCGGUAGUGGGUAAUUUGGUUUACUCCGUGGUGAUGAUGUGUGUUUUGUGGCAAAGAAUUACCUCUGUAGACGAGUCAGGCUUCCGAGUUUCUCUGCCUUAUUGAAGGCACGGACCGUUAUCGUAGAUGGUCAUGGAUAUAAAUGCCUGACGUUGGCGCUAUUGUGAGCGUUUCUUGUCCUGGCCCGUUUCCCCUCGGUCGGACAGGUCUAUUCCCCUUUUGUUUGGUGCGCCCUUUUGCGCCUGGCUUUCAUUUUCGCGUUCGUUUUCAUGUUUGUCGCCGUGGGGAAGAAGGAGUGCAAAACAAGUCAUUGCUUUUCCAAGGCGAGCGUUUCUGUGUCAACGUCGCCGUCACACAAAGUACGGCUCUUGUUGUGGUUGUUGUUGUUGUUGUUGUUGUUGUUGUUGUUGUUUUUGUUGUCUGGUGCUUGUAUUUUCUUAUUGAGUUACGUGGGUCCGUUUAGGUGGUCAAAGCAGUGUGUUGUGUCGCGCCCUUUGUUCGCAGCGUUUACUCUCCCAGUAGACCCAAACUCAGGGACCAUAGUUUUGGCCGAAGCUGGGAUUCUUGGUUCCUAUGCAUCGGGUUGGGCUACAAAUUACAAGUAGCGGCUAUCUGGUAGGUUUUAGUGGAGCUCUCAACCAGGCUCACAAAUGUGCUUCAGUUCUCACGCUUUGAAAUAUCCUGGAGUAUGAAGUACGAAGUACCACGUCAUUGGGUGGGGGCAUUACUGCUGUGCAGGAAUGUGUUUUGACGCCCACGUUGCACAAGAUACCACACCCCGUGGACCGAUUUUCAAAAAUCGAUCACUCCAGAAAAGAGCGGUGGCGCCGAAUUGGUGGCGUCGGAACCGUCUCGUCGAAACUUUUCCGAAACCGAAUCGUUGGACCUUUGCAUCCUCUUUGCUGUUGGGCAAUCGAGCUUGGUCUUGAGAAUCCGUUCAGGGGGUGGUGAUGUCUUGAGUCACACACAGUACGUACGUAGAUCCGUCGAACACCAUAUGGACUCCAGAGCUCCAGAGACAAGUAAACAAUGAGUCUCUUCCGAAACUUGCAGACAACAGCAGUCGCAGUAGAGUACGAAGAUUUCCACGACCCUUUAGCCGCAGUGCCAAGCAAAAGCAAAUCUUGUAAUGAGCAGCGGAGCGCGAAGCGCAAUUUUUUUUCCCUUCAUCUCCCAGGAGGGAAAAAAGGGCUCUAUAAUAGUCUAAUCAUCGGCCUGAAUUCCGCUGCGUGGUGCAGGGGCCCAAAGUUUGAUUUCCGUGACGCACAUUUAUCGCCUUUCAGACCAGAGCGAGACUUAUUGGGCAUCAUUUGACGAUUUACUUCUGAGAAAGAAGAAAAAAUACGCGUUCUCCGUCACACCGGUUCAGCCGUGCUUCGGCAACAGAUGGCGGCGCUUCACAAGUCCCAUUUAUUUGUAGGCAGCGCGGACCAUAUUUGUUUCCCCGCGGCGUCGUAUGUGCCGGGUUUUGAGACCCCAAGCUCCCCAUUUUUCGUGGACUAAAGUGGUAAUUUUCAAGGACCCGAUUUUGGUUGUCCCUCCAUAACUUUUGACUGAGAGCGAGUAAAAGAAAAAGAAAAACAGCUUCGGAACGCCCGCGGCAAGGCGCAAAAGAGUAGCGAGUCGCCAAAAAAAAAAGGAAAAAAUGAGGAAAAAAAAAGAAAAAAAGAUGCUUGCGGCGGGUCUCGAACCCACGAAAUUGGCCCUAGAGCAACUUUUCCCCCAUAUAUGUUGCUAAUCCUUUUUUUUUUUUCGCACCAAACCACCCACACGUGCACAGGAACGCCCUCAAACACUAUGAAAAUGCCUCUACCGCACCUAUAGCGUACAUACAUCAUCACAAAAAUUGGCCGUUUUUAACAAAAAUGUUCCAUUUUUGUACAACAUUCCCACCAGAAACACGGAAAAAAACUGAACAAAUACAGCUCAAUGAACAAUAAUGCGCCAUAGACUCUACGGCCUCCAUUCCUUCGGGGUCGGGCGCCUGUGCGAGUUGUACUUCUUGUACGUCUUUUUGCCCUCAGGCCCUUGCACACGCGUCUCGCGGUACAUGAGGGCGUGUGUGUUCGCCUUCUUGCAGUAGCCCUGGACUACCGAAACACCUGUCCAUCCUUUUCUGGUCUAAAACUCAGCGGCACGUUCUUGCGCAAGCAUUCCAACGAAUAUUUGCAGUUCUUUCGAGUCCAGUCCUUCGCUCGGCCCCAAACAAGCUCGAUGGGGUUACACUCGCAGUGGUACUUAGGAAGCAUGAGACAGGACCCCCGUGGCGCUGCAUCAACAGCACCAGACUAUUAUCAACUUUCUUGAAGUCCUUCUGCUCUCCCAAAACGUGCUCCAUGCUCUUGCUGAGGUCCUGCUUUUCGCCCGAGCCCCCCGUCUCACUCAUGCCUUUGACCAAGAGCCCCCUCUCCCACAAAAUCUGCCGCAUUCCUUUCAACUUUCCGACAUAUUGCGCCGGCUUGAGAUGCGGGGAGUGGAAGGGGGGAUCGUCCCCCCUCCGAAACACCAAGUGCUGUACCGUGCCGGCUGGGAGGUUCGGGGUAUCUUCGAGGAUGGUCACGGGGUCCAUCGGCGCAAGCUCUUCUCCGUUCCUCACACCACCGACACCCAAGUUCAUUCUCUUCACCGACGGUGCGCCGACCUCCAUGCAGUCAUGACAGGACGACCAGUCGAACAGGCCUA